ACACAGCCUGUCACUCCCUCCCUCAGUUUCUUGGGAGGUGAGGAGAGAGAGACAAAGAAAGCCCUCUUGUCCUCUUUCUUCCUAUAGGCCGGAUGGGAUUGGGAGGAUGAGAAGGCGGUCCUCUGAUUAAACUGGCCUGCGCCUGCGCAGAACUGCCCUCCUCCAUUCAGCUCUGCGUUUUUGCUGCCGCCGCGGUCAGACCGAGAAGUUUUCCUCACCUCGGCGCCGCCUGACAGACUGAGCGAGAGCUUGCCAGUGAAACCCGCCCAGCUCUUGGAGGCGGAGAAGAGCAGGAUGCCACGGCUGCCCGGAGCCUCCUUGAGGCGGCGUAGGGAGCUGCUCUGGCUGACUGACUGAUAUCUCGCCCUCUUGUCUGUUUUUUCCCCUGCCCGGGGACCGCCAGGAGGAGGAGGAGGAGGAGGAGGAGGAGUAGAAGGGAGCGGCCGGCCGCCGAGGCAAGGCGAGGCUUGAGAGCGUGAGGGGAAGGCCGGGGAGGGACUCCAUGAGCAGCGCCUUCCUCUCCUCAGGGCAGCACCGCCCUUCGCCUCCCCAGCCCCGGUAGCGCGGGACGGUGUCGCCGGGCCCGGCUCUCAGGCGGUCGGCAUGUCGUCGCCGUCGACGUGGCUGAGCUGCCGCUUGGCGCUGCGCUUCGGCUCGGGCUGGCCGGGGGGCUCCUGCACCUCGCUGGCUUCCCGCCUCAGCCUCCAGCCGCCGCAACACCCGCGGUGGCCUCUCAGUAGUUGCUGCUGCUGCUGCCGCCUCCUGCGGAGCCGCCGCUGUCUGAGCACCUUCCGACGCGGCACCAGCCCCGAAGAAGGACUGUGGCUGCCGCUUUCCUCCGUGCCGACCUCCUCGGGCUUCGUCAGGUCGCUGGGCACCCACCCGAAGAAAGAGCCCAUGGAGGCGCUCAACACGGCGCAAGGAGCCCGAGACUUCAUCUACAGCCUUCACUCCACCGAGCGGAGCUGCCUGCUGAGGGAGCUCCACCGCUUCGAGUCCAUCGCCAUCGCCCAAGCUUCCAGAUUUCCUAAGCCACUGGUACCGUUUGAAAUGCCAAUGAAGCAAGUAGUACGACCAGAGCCAACUAGUACUUGGGAGAAGUUGGAGGUUGAGCCACCAUCCACUGCACAGCUGAAACACGUGUUCUUCCACAAUGCACUACCUUUUGUAGGCUUUGGAUUUUUUGAUAAUGCAAUUAUGAUUGCUGCGGGCACACAGAUAGAACUGUCAAUAGGAAUUGUACUUGGAAUUUCUACCAUGGCGGCUGCUGCCUUGGGAAAUCUUGUCUCGGAUUUAGCUGGAUUGGGACUUGCAGGUUAUGUUGAAGCUAUGGCCUCCAGGUUGGGCCUCUCCAUUCCCGAUCUAACACCCAAACAAGCUGACAUGUGGCAAACACGUGUCAGUGCACACUUGGGUAAGGCUAUUGGAGUGACCAUUGGCUGCCUUUUAGGAAUGUUUCCAUUGUUCUUCUUGGGAGAUGAAGAAGAAAAAAAACUGGAAGGAAAAAAAUAACCUUUUUACAAUGUUUACAUAUAAACUAAUGUACCUCAGUUAUACAACUAUGCUGUCAAAAUACUUAGCAUUAUGCAGACAGUAACAAUGUAUAGAGUGGGGAACAAAACAGCAUGCCGUUUUAUGGAAACGCUAACUUAUUGUGGCUUUGUCCUAGUACAUCUUUUAUAAGGGUUUUUCCUUUUUAAAAUUAAAUUGUUGAUGUGUGUGUUUCACUUACACUGGCAGUUGAUGUUUACCAUUCUUCCCGCCCGCCCGUCUCUCCUCCUUUUGCCUCUAUCUUUUACAAGGAUUAUUUCUUUAACUGCUUGCCAUCAAUGUACUGUAUGGAUUUUGGGUUUGCAUAUUUACUUAGCGUUUGUAAAUGCAUGGCACAAGUUGCCCUUGCUGCUCAUCAGACCCUCCAUUCUGGACAUUCAGUGAAGCUGGGUGACAGGUGGCUUUAGGAGAUAUAAUGUCUUGGCUCUCUUGCUGCUUUUAUUUAUCAUUUACACUAACUAUACAAUCGAAUAACAAGACCUGUUUGAACAAAGCAUCAUUUGAACUAGGAUUUGGAUAUCUGCUGAAAUAUGAGGCAAUUACAUUGACAGUGAAAUCAGUUAAAGGAAGAUCAGUUUCAAGUUCUGCCUAUAUCUCAAAUCUCCAUAGAUGUUGCUUGGAAUACAUCCCUCAUCAAAUUGGCAGCUGAGAUCAGGGGAGGCCUAAAAGUUGGAAUCUUACGUAUGUGCAACACAGGCUACAAUUAGGAAAUGAGGGUUUGCCCAGUGGUUGGUUUUAGGAAGCUGUGCAAAACAUCUUGCCUCUAUGAUAGUUAACGGUAGUCUCUUUACUUGGCUUUCUAGUGUUGAUGAGCACUAUCACCCAGUUUGCAACAGUGCUGAAACAGUAUUUUUGAAAAUCGGGCUUCAGUUGGUGUGCAUGUGUUGCCGUCCUUCCAUGCCUCUUCAAAAAAGAAAUAAAUAUAACUUCCAUCUAUUGAAUUUCAUUCCUAAAUUCUAGGCAUCUGGGAAAACCACAACAGGAUAGAGGUUCUAUUGUUUGCAGAAGAGAGUGUAUUUGUACAUUUUAUGCACUUGUUGAGAUGGACGGAGAAAAAGCAGCGUAUGGUGCACUGUGAGAGGGAGGGAGUGGGGUUUAGGUGGGAAUUUAGAAUUAGUGUAAAGGUAAGAUUAAGCCUUGAAAAGAUGUAGCUCUUCAAAAGUGUGUUGCCUUCAGUGAGAAACAGCCUUAACUGUGCCACUUCUGGAUGUCUCCUGAAUUAGAAAGCAAUUUUAGUGUCCUUGUCUCUUUGAAUACUAACUGGGGCAAAAUGUUAGACUGGAUGUGUCUUGGAAUGCCUUUUGAAUGUCUAGACUUGGGCUAGAUGAGUGGAUCUUAUGUGCAAAAUGUAACUUAAAAUAAAUAAACUUGAUUACUUUUCAUUUAUUAGGA